CUCCCAUGCCUUGAGCCCUUCACACCUUCCCAUUAUCCCUCUCCCUCCCCCUUUUCCCUCUCUUUCUGACUAAAGUAGAAGGGUGUUUCUGUAGUAGUGAAGAGGGAAAAUGGCAACGAGUAGGUUGCUUUGCUUUACAACUACUCUACUGAUAAUGAUGUCAUUGAUGUGGAAGGGUGAAGCUAGAAUCCCUGGUGUUUACAGUGGGGGUGCUUGGGAAACUGCUCAUGCUACCUUCUAUGGUGGUGCCGACGCCUCUGGCACCAUGGGAGGAGCUUGUGGAUAUGGAAAUCUAUACAGCCAAGGGUAUGGAGUGAGCACUGCAGCUCUAAGCACUGCACUGUUCAACAACGGGUUAAGUUGCGGUGCUUGCUUUGAAAUAAAGUGCGCAGAUGACCCACAAUGGUGCCACUCAGGCAGUCCAUCAAUUUUAAUUACCGCAACCAACUUUUGCCCACCAAAUUAUGCGCUUCCUAGUGACAAUGGAGGCUGGUGCACCCCUCCUCGCCCCCACUUCGACCUCGCCAUGCCCAUGUUCCUUAAGAUCGCAGAGUAUCAUGCCGGUAUCGUCCCUGUUGCCUACCGCCGAGUGCCAUGCCGGAAGAGAGGAGGCAUAAGGUUCACAAUAAACGGAUUCCGUUACUUCAACUUGGUAUUGAUCAGCAACGUGGCGGGUGCAGGGGAUAUCGUGCAGGUGAGCGUGAAAGGUUCGAAGACUGGCUGGAUGAGCAUGAGCCGUAACUGGGGUCAAAACUGGCAGUCAAACGCCGUUCUGGUUGGUCAGUCACUCUCUUUCAGGGUCAGGGCCAGUGACCGACGCUCUUCCACUUCAUGGAACAUUGUCCCUGCCCACUGGCAGUUUGGUCAGACUUUCACCGGCAAGAAUUUCAGGGUCUAAUUCUUUCUUACUUUUUAUUUUAACUACCACCGUUUAUCUCCACGGUCAAGAACCUAAAAAUUCAAGUUUCCCGCCAUAAUUUCUUAUUUCCGUUUUUACCCUUCUCGGCUCGUGUUUUUUUUCCGGUGGGUUGUUGUUGGGAUGUGAAAGUAAAAGGUGAGGCUAUAAUUAGUAGGGACUUCAAAAAUGGAAAGUGAAAAUUGGGGGACUGUUUUUUUUUGUUUUUUACUCUCUGAUUGGUGUGUUUCUCGACUUUCAAGAUCUGGUGAGGCGGAGGCGGCUGCGCAAACGAUGGUUAGCCCGCUGGUACUAAUACUAUAUACAUACGUGUAGUGAUGUAUGGUGAUGGUAUACGUUUUGAGAAGUGUAUUGUAGUAAUUUAUAGUAGUUGAUCAAGUGCAAGGAUAUUUGGUUUGUUUUUCCAUGU